AUGAUUUCUCGGCAUUUAUCGUUACUUACACAUCGUUUACCUUAUAAUUCAAUAUUCUAUCGUCGAUUUCUAACUGAAGUUAAUUUAGUUAAAAAUCUUUCUUCACCAUCGAAUAAUUAUGAUGCUUUAGUAAUUGUUGCUACUGAAUUAGAUCAAAUUAAAGAACAUGUUGAUAGUUCAGUAAUACAAGAUCUACAAGCAUUUAAUCAAUUAAAUAAAAAAUUCGAUAAAGAAAUUACAUUAACAAUUAAUAAUACUGUUCCAGGCAAACGACUUAUCUAUUCACCAACUGGUAAAAUAAAUCGAGAUUAUGAUGAUGUACGUCGUUUUACGGAUGCAGCAUCAGCUGGUAUGAAAAAAGCAUUAUCACUUGGUGCUAAAUCUCCAUUAAUUGCAACUUUUGGCUCAAAAUUAUAUAAACAAUCAAGUUUAGUUGCUUUACUAUCUGCACUUGAAACAACUUAUGUGCCAUUACAAGUUCGAGAAGAUAAACCUGAACGUAAGACUAAAGUCGAUCGAUUAGGUGUUUAUAUUGGUGACACAUCAUCUGCUAGUGAUUCUCAUGAAAAAUUAAUAAAUUAUGCUCGAGCUAUUGAAUUAGGACGUGUUGUGGGUAGAGACAUAGGUGGAUCAGAUCCUGAACGUAUGGCACCACCACGUGUUGCUGAUUAUGUUCAAGAUUUAUUUGCUCAAUCAUCUGGUAUUAAAAUUAGUAUAAUAAAAGAUCUCACUGAAAUUGAAAAAAAAUUUCCUUUAUUUUCUGCUGUUAAUCGAGCUGCCAAUCAUAUUGAACGUCAUCAGGGUCGAUUAAUAUUUCUUGAAUAUACAGGUGAAGGUGAGAUUAAUUCAACUGCAUUACUUGUUGGUAAAGGUGUUACUUAUGAUACCGGUGGUCUUGAUAUAAAAACUGGUGGUAAUAUGACAAGCAUGUCGUAUGAUAAAUGUGGUGCUGCUAAUGUAGCUGGUUUUUUUAAAGUUCUUUCUGAAUUAAAACCCAAACAAUUCAAAGCAAUUGGUGUUCUAGCUGUUGCACGUAAUAGUUGUGGUGAAGAUGGUUAUGUAACAGAUGAAAUUUUAAAAGCAAGAACUGGUGUUCGUAUUCGUAUUGGAAAUACAGAUGCUGAAGGGCGACUAGUUAUGGCUGAUUCAUUAUGUUAUAUGAAAGAAUUAGCAUUAAAAGAAAUUAAUCCACAAUUAUUUACUAUAGCGACAUUAACUGGACAUGCUGCUCGUACAUAUGGAGAUAAUUAUACGGUAGUCAUGGAUAAUGGACCAGCACGAAAGAAUGGAAUAGCUCAACAACUUCAAUCGGCAGGAGAAGAAAUUGGUGAUCUAUUUGAAGUUUCAACUGUUCGGCGAGAAGACUAUGAUUUUGUUAAUGAUAAAAGUGAAGUAGCUGAUGUAUUACAAUGUAAAAAAGAUGCAGGUAAUGCAGGAGCUCGCGGUCAUCAAUAUCCAGCUGCAUUUCUUGCUCGAGCAUCUGGUCUCGAUAAACAUGGUUGUGAUUCCGAGAAACCAUUGAGUUAUACACAUUUGGAUAUUGCUGGUAGUGCUGGUAAAUUACCAAAUUCACCAACUGCUCGUCCAAUACCAGCUUUAUGUCAUAUGCUUAUUGCUGAUCGUGUUUUGUAA